GAUUUCCUCGCCAGCGUCAGUGUCGUGAAGAGUGUUGAGGUGAAAGGUAGUGUUCAGGCCCGCGCAGGGAUACAUUCACCACCAUGGGGAGGAAAAGUCCAAGCAAGGAUCAGAACACAAUGUCUCAAAACUUCAAGAUCGUCGUGGUGGGGGGCGGCGGCGUCGGAAAGUCAGCCAUCACCAUACAGUUCAUCCAAAGUUACUUCGCCACCGACUACGACCCAACGAUUGAGGACUCUUACACCAAGCAAUGUGUGAUCGACGACACGGUGGCCAAGCUAGACAUUUUGGAUACAGCAGGCCAAGAGGAGUUCAGUGCCAUGAGAGAACAGUACAUGCGUUCUGGGGAAGGUUUCCUCCUGGUCUUCUCUGUCACUGAUCGCAACAGCUUUGAUGAGCUACCUCGUUUCCACAAGCAAAUCCUGCGAGUGAAGGAUCGUGAUGAGUUCCCCAUGCUGAUGGUGGCCAACAAAGCUGACCUGGAACACCAGAGAGUGACAAGUACUGAAGAAGCUCAUACCCUUGCCCGGCAACUCAAGAUCCCUUACAUCGAGUGCUCUGCCAAGAGCCGCACCAAUGUUGACCAGUCCUUCUACGAGUUGGUGAGAAUAAUCAGAAAGUUCCAGGCAGCAGAACGACCACCUUCAAAACCAGCUGCCAAGAAGAACAAAAAGAAUUGUGUAAUUGUCUGAGGGUUGGUGAGGACUACAUAAAAUAUGUACAUGUGUAAAGACAACAAAAAAUAGAGCAGUUCACAAGAAAUGUUGGAACUUUACUGCAUUUCUUAACUGCAGUUUUUAUCAUCCUACUGGUGGAACACUUGAAUCUGUUACUACUGUGACUUGUACCAUAUGUUUUUGUGGGAAUGUUUAUAAAAUAUAGGCACUAUUUUUGAAGGAAAAUCAGAAUUAUGCAGUUGAUGUCAGUGUGUGUGAAAGUGACUAAAUGCAUUUAAUUUCACUAAGAAGUAAUAAACAAAUACAAAGUUUGUUCCUGCAUCAUUCCCAGAGAAAAUAAAUCAAAUAUGGCAUCCAAUGAAAUGAUGGGAAGAACACAUGAUCUCAAGAUGCAGUGACAAUUUUAUGUGAAAAUUCUUUUGGUAUGGAGUCUUGAUAGUAGCAGCUAUUUCACAAACAAAUGCUCCAGCAGUAUUUGUUAGGAUUCAGAUCUGCUGAUUGAAUUGACCUAUAACUAAGUGUUCCUUGUUCAGUGAAUUACUGUAAAGAAUGUUACAUUUCUAUUUGUUUUAAAUUAUUUUCCAGGUAGCUACACUGAGUAACAGUAUUCAGCAUAUAUAUAGUAUUAUACAUUUGUCAUAAGUAAUUAAUUAUGACAACUAGCAGAAGUAGCAAAGGUUCACUCUUGGACAAAAGUAAUUUUAAAUGCUCCACCUUGAAUUUUGUAACUCAUGGUUAAGAGGUCCAAGGUCAAGAGUAGAGGAAAUACCGAGACACUGGAUUAAGAACUUUUACAUACAAAUUGUAUACUCAAAAGUUUGUAAUAUUUAGUAUAGUUGUUGUGCCUUUGAUGGUGUCUUUAAUGGUCAACAUAACUAUUUUUUUUAGUGUAGUAUAUGUGAUUAUAAAAAUACAUUAAAUAUUUGCUAUUAAAAACUGAGCAUUAAAUCUUUAGAGAGUAAAGGAGCUUGAUUGCAAGCAAGAGCUAAAAUUCUAGGGCUAUGAAACCAAGAUGCCUGAUUAUCACUCGUUCUACUUAAAGAUUUAGAUAACCUGGUACUAUAUGCAGGUGCUUUGUCAGCAGCAAGAACUUCUGAAGAAAAUUUAUUUUAUCAGUUGAUUACACUGCACUGUACAUAGCAGUGAAUGGUAAAAACAUCAAAUAAAUUUGUAUGAUUGUGGACAAAGACUAAGUAGCACUUUCUACUUGCAAACAAAAGAUCAAAACUUGAUUAAAUUAUUAGUUAUAUAAUCUAGUACUCUAAUAUUAAGAAUGUUGAUCAACAUCUGGGGAGCUUGCCACAAGCCCAUAUAGCCAAAGUUGGCGUUCACAGAUUAGUUAGUACCAGGCCUCGAUUCAGUUUCACAAGUAGUUGCUGAUUCAAUGCAAAUUCAUUCCAGCAAUAUCCAAUGAUCCUGCAAAGGCACUUGGUAUACCAAAGACAGCAACAUGCCCCAUCCAAGUCACUAUUUAGUGUUCAUGUCUCGGCCAUUUAGUAAGACAGGAACACAAGUGACUAAAGAUUUGAAUUUUUGUCUGCCUGUAUAGAUAUCAACAAUGCCAUAUGCGCAUGUUGAGCAAGUCCGUAGCUCUUCAACUGAUUGCAGCCGGCUAGAAAUGGCUACGUAGCAGCUACUCCCUCGAGAUGAGCACCAUUGCUCUGGCCUGACCAGUAAAAAGUAUAACUACCACUACUGAUCCCUCCAUUGCCAGGUCUCCUCUUCUUAAGAGAGCACCACUAUGUCAACACUCAACCUCCUGACUUCAUCUGACAGACAGGGUAGUCACUGAUCCUCCAGGAGGCUCAGGAUGUUCCAGGCACCACACAAAAAAUCUGCCUGAAGUUAACCCUGGGCUGAAUGCACAUUGUUUAUUAACCACAAGGUUCUUGAACAGUGUCAGCUCUUGGUUGGUGAACAUCCCCAAUAAUGGUACUCAAUGUCUUGUGUUCUAAAGUAAUUUGUCCACAACUAUACAAAUGUAUUGUAUAGUAUAUUGGUAUACAAAAGAAUUUCAAUACUAUUCAGCUGAAAAACGUUAUCUCCAUAUACAUGGCAUACUAGAAUCAAACACCUUCAUUCCUUAUCCCUUUUGUUCAUAUGCUGCCUGUUUAGUAUUGUUAGUUUGUUAGGAGUGUUUCUGGAUAUAUUUUAAUUUUGUACAUUUACAUAAUGUAGUUCAUGUCUUGAAAAACAUUUGUUGUAAUUAGUAACUGCAGUUUAAUUGUUCACUGCAUAUUGUGAAAAUGUCACUUUGUGUUGCUACAGUCUGACUAAACCUUGAGAAUACCUGAAAACUGAAACCCCACCAAGAUAUACAUAUUUUUUACUUCAUAUGUAAACCAUCAUGUGUUCACUUCUUAUUUAAGGUACAAGUUUUCUCAUUUCCAUUAACACUGUUCUGUGUGAACAAUAGCUGAUAAUCAUUUCAUAUGGCUCUAAAUAAAAAUACUUUUUAAC